CCUUCGCCUGUCAAGAUGUGUUCGGCUACGUCUCCUGACGUAGCGGACCCGGCCUCGGCGUGACGGGGACGAGCUGGCUCGGUCAUGGCCCAGCCCGGGGAGACCCCGGCUUCGGAGCCGACGGAGGCUCUUCUUCAACGAGUAGCUGAACUAGAGAAAGUCAAUGUCGAAUUUCUACGUACAAAACAGAAUCUCGAGCAAGAAUUUAAUCAAAAGAGAGCCAAGUUUAAAGAACUGUAUCUGGCUAAAGAAGAGGAUCUGAAGAAGCAAAAUGCAGAAUUGCAGGCAGCACAUGAUGAUCUGGAGAAACUUCAAAAGCAGCUCAUGGAAGCACAGGCUGAAAUGGAAAACAUCAAAGCCAUUGCUACAGUGUCUGAAAAUACUAAACAGGAAGCUAUUGAUGACGUAAAGAAACAGUGGCAGGAAGACGUUGCCUCUCUGCAGGCAAUAAUGAAAGAAACUGUCCGUGAAUAUGAAGGCCAGUUUCAUCACAGGUUGGAACAAGAGCGAUCUCAGUGGAAUCAAUAUCGAGAGAACGUUGAACGGGAAAUAGCAGAGCUUAGAAGGCGACUUUCAGAAGGUCAAGAAGAGGAAAACUUGGAGAAUGAAAUGAAGAAGGCUCAAGAAGAUGCCGAAAAACUUCGUUCAGUUGUGAUGCCCAUGGAGAAGGAGAUUGCAACUUUAAAGGAUAAACUGACUGAAGCUGAAGAAAGAAUAAAAGAGCUGGAAGCUUCAAAGGUUAAAGAACUGAAUCACUACUUGGAAGCCGAGAAAUCCUGUAGGACAGAUCUAGAAAUGUAUGUGGCUGUUUUGAACACUCAAAAGUCUGUUUUGCAAGAAGAUGCAGAAAAAUUACGGAAAGAACUUCAUGAAGUAUGCCAUCUACUAGAGCAGGAAAGGCAACAGCAUAAUCAGCUCAAACACACGUGGCAGAAGGCCAAUGACCAGUUCUUGGAGUCGCAGCGUUUAUUGAUGAGGGACAUGCAAUGGAUGGAGAUGGUGCUGACCUCAGAACAGCUACGGCAAGUUGAAGAACUAAAGAAAAAAGACCAGGAGGAUGAAGAGCAAAGAAGACUUCAUAAAAGGAAAGAAGAGAAGGAGAAAGGCACUGAUGAUGAAUCAAACGUGGUAUGUUCUACAGUUCAUGAAGAAGCCCUUCCACCAUUCUCUGGUGAAGAGGUGCACCUCAACAGCACUCAUGGUUCAGCCCACUCGCUUGACACAGAUGCAUUGCUGUCUUCAGGAGAGUCUCUCAAGUCGGACAAUGACAUGUUUAAAGAGGGACUGCGUAGAGCUCAGUCAACAGACAGUUUGGGAACAUCAGGAUCUUUACAAGCCAAAAGUCUGGGCUACAACAAUAAAGCCAAAUCAGCUGGGAACCUUGAUGAAUCUGACUUUGGGCCACUGGUUGGGGCAGACUCUAUAUCGGAGAACUUUGACACUGCCUCCCUGGGCUCUCUGCAAAUGCCUGGUGGGUUCAUGUUAACCAAAGACCAGGAAAAAGCAAUCACAGCAAUGACACCAGAGCAGGAGGAAACAGCAUCCCUUCUCUCCAGCAUCACACAGAGUGUAGAAAAUGCUUAUGUGUCUCCUAGCGGUUACCGUUUAGUUAGUGAAACGGAAUGGAAUCUCCUUCAGAAAGAGGUGCAAAAUGCUGGGAACAAGCUGGGAAGGCGCUGUGACAUGUGUUCAAAUUAUGAAAAACAGUUGCAAGGCAUCCAGAUUCAGGAGGCUGAAACAAGGGAUCAGGUGAAGAAACUUCAAAUGAUGUUGAGGCAGGCCAAUGAUCAACUAGAAAAAACAUUACGAGAGAAACAGGAGCUGGAGGAAUUUAUGAAACAAAGUAGCGAAGACUCAGUCAGUCAGAUUUCAUCACUUACUGCUAGAGCUCAGGAAUCUGAUGCCUUACUUAAUGAAUUACAGCAGGCAUUUUCUCAAGCUAAAAGAAAUGUCCAAGAUCAAAUGGUUGUCCUGAUGCGAUCACGAGAGCUCGUUUCAGAGGAAUUGGUAAGGCUCCAGAAGGAUAACGAAAGCCUUCAAGGAAAACAUUGUCUGCACAUGUCUUUACAGCAAGCCGAGGACUUUAUACUUCCAGAAACUGGAGAGGGACUCCGUGAAUUGGUCCUCAAGUAUCGUGAAGACAUUAUUCGUGUACGAACUGCAGCUGAUCAUCUGGAAGAAAAACUGAAGGCAGAAAUUUUAUUUUUAAAAGAACAGAUUCAAGCCGAACAAUGUUUAAAAGAGAACAUAGAAGAGACUUUGCAGCUAGAAAUAGAAAAUUGCAAAGAGGAAAUAGCUGCUGCAUCCAGUCUAAAAACAGAAUUGGAGCAAAUAAGAGUGAAUAAAGACCAGUUGGAAUCCAACUUGAAAGAAAAGAUACAGCAGUUAGAAAACUUUGAAGAGAGAGAAAAUGAUCUGGAAGAACAGCUGAAAAAGGAAAUUGCCACAAAGGCUAACUUAGAACAUAUGAUGUUCGAGGAAAAGAACAAAGCUCAACGGCUUCAGACAGAAUUGGAUGUCAGUGAGCAAGUACAGAGAGAUUUUGUUAAGCUUUCUCAGACCCUUCAGGUCCAGUUGGAACGGAUCCGGCAGGCAGAUUCCCUGGAGAGAAUUCGUGCAAUCCUCAAUGAUACAAAACUGACUGACAUUAAUCAACUACCUGAAACAUGACAGCCUUGGUAGCAAAAGCUGCAAAGCUACAUUUUGGUGUUUUUUUAAAAAACCCUCUUUAUAGCAAAACCUUUAAUAAUUAUUUAAUUCUAACUGAAAGAGCAGAAGAUGACACAAGAGCCAUGGUCCAGGUUGUGUUUCUGGGAGGGAGAGGAAGGUUUUAUGGGCGGGAAGAAAGUUUCACACAGAGAAGAUUGGCAGGAUCCUGCAGGGUGUCUGCCUUCAGUGUAGUUGGACUUCUCCAUAUAACUCAUCUACCUUCAUCCUCCUGCCCCCCCCCACCCACCCAUGUGAUCCUGGAAUACAGCAUUCCCUCCCUCCCUCCCUCCCUCUCAUCCAUACCCUGUUAAAAUACUGUGAUGAAAGUAAUUGCUGAAAAUCAUCUCCUCCCAUCCUACCCCAAAUCUUUUGGAGUGAAGUUACACUAGCAAGUUGGGCAGAAGGGGAAAAUAGUAUAUUGUAUUAAUAUUUUAUAUUAAAAUAUGAAUUUAUUUGCAGGACACCAGGUUUUGGGUUUUUCUAGCUCAGUACAUUUUUUGUACCUUGAAUGUUGUGCUGGAAGAGCCCCAACUAAAAACAUGGACAGAAUAUGGACUAAGAAGAGGAUUAGAGAGAAGGCUGCAAAUUUUCCAAAAAGAACCUAAGGCAUAGGGGGGAAAUGGAUAAUUAGAAUGGGGAAAUAAAUUCAUAAGACACAAAAGUCAGGGAAGUGAAGGUUAAUCUUCAUAGGAAAAAAAGCAAAUCAAAAUAAAUUGCUUCAGUAUCUUGCCUUACUCCCUCCCCCCCUCCCCCCCCCAAAAAAAAGCUGCAUUGCACAACAUCAACAUAUGGCUGGAUUCAGCAUUACACUUUUCUCACUGAAAUACGUGGAGUUGAAUUAGUCAGAUUUAUCAAUACACAUUUGAUUACCAUGGCAUAAAAAACUUAAAGCCUUAUCAUCCUUAUAGUACAGAGGUGUUUUGCAAAUCUCUACCCAGAUUCUAGAAGGCCUUUAGCUUUGUAUGUAUUUGUUUAAAGAUUGGGUUUAAAAUUAUACAUUUAAGAUAAUGCUGCAACACCUCAGAUAGGAAAUGUUUGUGAAGCUGCAGUUAUGUUUAUGCUUGGACGGAAUGCUUCUCUUGAAAAGCUCAUGAUACAGGUUUGGAAAAUCUUGUUGUAGGCAUAAAAUCAGAACAUGCAAGGUGCAUUAAACUCCGUAAUAGAAGGGUUCCAGAACCCAAAUGCAAUUGAUUUGCUGUGAUCCAACUCUGAGGGAAAAGGAAGAUGCUUCUCAAUUUAAAAUAUUUUUUUCCAGUCAGGGGGCUGCAUGAUUACCUGGGUUCCAAUAAGAGCUUAUAAACUCCUAGGAACUGUUUUAAAUAGAAUGAGUGUAAAGUAGAUAAAAUGUGUUUAAUCUGUAUUUCUAUUGGAUUUUUAUUCUUGUGGUCAGGCAAUAGUUGAACAGAUGAAUGUUGAAAUGGGCUAAUGGAGUUGCAAGCAACUGUUCAUUCCCAAUUUUUCCACACCUGCUACCAAGAGAGCAACUAUCACUUAUGACAUUCAUUUUCUAGACCAGAAUCAAUGUAAUUGAAUCAUGUUUAUUAUUACUUGCUUCUUGAACAAGCAAGUAUUGAUUCAAUAUCUAGUUUGUAGAUGGGUGUGAGCAGUUUGAAUACCUCCCCAUUGUUGAAAGAAAGCUAUCACUCUAUUUUACUUUUUGGGUGGGCAAAGACCAUCAACUGAGUUUAUCUGUUUCAAGUUUUCUGGAUAGUAAUUGAGGUGAGGAGGAAGAGAGGGGGCAACUUGAUUCCAUGUAAGUUCUAACUAUGUAACUGGUACAAAAUCAAAAAGCAUUUGCUGAAGUAUUUCAGAAUCAUUGGGGAAAGAAACGAUUUGGAAGAGAACGCAGGGAAGAUAGAUCUGUUUUACUACAUUUAAAAUUUAUACAUAUAAUUAAACAAAUAUUGACAAUGUAAUACUGUAACCUCUACAAACCUGAGAAUAAUAUGCUGCUAGUUCACACAAAUGUUUAAAAAAGGGAAAAUUUGUUUUAAUGGCAGGAAAUCCCCAUUUUUCAAUUGAUCUUGAAAAUGAAUUGCUUUCAUAAUUAACUUUUUUUAAAAAAAGCUGUAUGACUCUGACUUUUUUUAAUGUAAAGGAAUAAUUAAUUUAUGCCAUUAGUUUUCAGUUCUCUCAUUCAAAGGCUUAGCUACUACAAAUAGGCAUAAUGCAGUGACCAGUACGGAUUUAAAUAGGGAUUGUGUGCAAAAUGAGAGGAAAGAACAGUUGAGGCUGGCUCUGGUCUGUAUACUUGUACAGUCCUUUUGUAUGCAAAAUGUAUACUAAAAGGUCAAAGAAUUACUGGAAGACUUGUACAGUCUUAAUAAGUGCACAAUAGGUUCUUCCAACAUGUCAAAUGGUUUACUUUCACUUUUGUAUUGCUAUGGCAUAACUAUAUUGCUUCUAACAACACAGUGUGGCCAAGGAUAAGGGUGGGAGAUGGGUAAGUAAUCUAUAAA